UUAGCACACAGCACACCUGUUGACAUGCCAAGCAGAGGACAAAACGAGGACAGAGACAGCGGCAUUGCUCGCUCAGCAUCUCUGAGCAGUCUUCUGGUCACUCCCUUUCCAUCUCCAAGCUCUUCAUCAUCAUCUUCUAGCAGCUAUCAGCGCCGCUGGCUCCGGAGUCAGACAACCAGUUUAGAGAACGGGAUUAUCCCAAGGUGGUCCACUGAAGAAAUGUUUAGUAUGGCUGAUGAAAGCUGCAGCUCCAAUCCUGCAAUGGUUCGGAGGAAAAAAAUUGCAAUCAGCAUCAUCUGCUCCCUGCCUGAAAAAGAAGAAGCACAGAGACACUUCCAGGAUUUCUUUUUCUCUCACUUCCCUCUUUUUGAAUCCCACAUGAACAAACUGAAGUAUGCAAUAGAAAAGGCCAUGAUCUGCUGUAGAAAAAUAGCGGAAUCCAGCCAAAGAGUGCAGGUUUAUAUCAGCCGUGUCAUGGAUGCCCUGGGAGAAUUUAGAAUCACCAUCUGGAACCUGUAUUCUGUUCCAAGGAUUGCAGAGCCUGUGUGGCUUAAUAUGAUGUCCAACACCUUGGAAAAGAACCAGUUAUGCCAGCGUUUUCUUAAAGAAUUUACAUUUUUGAUAGAACAGAUCAACAAAAACCAGUUCUUUGCUGCUUUGCUAACUGCGGUGCUGACCUAUCACCUGGCUUGGGUCCCUACCGUGAUGCCAGUUGACCAUCCUCCCAUAAAGGCCUUCUCCGAGAAACGCACAUCCCAGUCUGUGAACAUGCUGGCCAAAUCCCACCCCUACAACCCUCUCUGGGCACAGCUGGGUGAUCUUUAUGGUGCCAUAGGCUCUCCAGUCAGGUUGACUCGGACUGUUAUUGUUGGAAAGCGCAAGGAGCUGGUGCAGCGAUUGCUCUAUGUCCUCACUUACUUCAUCCGGUGCUCUGAGCUGCAGGAAAAUCAGCUCACGUGGAGUGGGAAGGUUGGGGAAGGAGAGCAAGUGCUAAACGGAAGCACAAUCACCACUGCCCUGGAGAAGGGAGAGGUGGAAGAAUCCGACUACGUUGUCGUCACUGUUAAAAACGAACCCGCGCUGGUGCCUCCCAUCCUACCUCCAAAGAAUGGUGCAAGUGGGAGCAGCAGAGCUGCCGAGCGGGCGCGGGGUGCGGAGGGCUCUCCCGCUGCACCAGCCUCCUCCAGGGAAAAGCCCGCGGCAGCGGGAAGGACGAGCCAGAGCGCGGAAGCGUCCGGCGAGGGUCUCGCUGGCCUUCUCCACAAAGAAGCCGCUGAUGGUAAGAGAACUGUUGCUGAUACGGGAAUCCUAUCCUGCCACUUUGAGGAGCCGUCAAAAUUAAGGGAUCUGGAUCUAAAAAAGAAUCUAAUGGAAAGCAAAGUGGAAAAGCAGCUGCCCUGUAGGUCAUCUGCCUUACCUUGUCCUGAAAGGUCUGACCACAGGAGUGCACACGUAGAAAAGGUCACCUUUCAGAUCGGAAGCUCUGCAUCACCGGAGUCAGACUUGGAAGCUCGUAGAAGAGAAAUGGAAAAGAAUCUGAAGGCACUCAGAAAAACUCCAGAGGUGAUGCACUGUGCCUGCUCCCCAGGGCCGACUGUGGGGACUGCACAGAAUCAACAGGAAAGCCGUGAAGCUGCUUUUACACCUUGCAGUAAACACAGUAUUUGUUAUGCACAGGUUCCACCUCGUGAGGGGAAGAGUGAACUUAAUGACCAGCGUGUCGAAAGUAAAGAAACUAAAGCUAAUUUAGCAAACACGUCUAGUGAACCACUUUCGGCCGUAGAUAACGUAAUAACUAUAGAAAUGCCAAAUGUGAAGGAAUCUAGAACUUUGAGCUCUGGCAAUCUGGAGAGCUGUUCACCUGACGGUGUACAAGUAGCUGCUGCUGUCAGACAGGAUUCUCCUCAAGUAGGUGCUAAAGAUGUCCCCUAUGGGGAUGCUGGUAGGAAAAUCCCGUUCAGAGCUGAAGGGGACAUUCCAAGGAACGAGAGCUCAGACAGUGCUCUGGGAGCCAGUGAUGAAGAGGGGGAUUGUUGUGUCUCUGAACUCCAUCAGGACAACAUCAGCAAGAGACUGGAAGAGUUUGCAGAAGUGGAACUUCCUUUACCAAGGUCAAACACAAUCAGCAGUCAGUGCAUGAAAAAUUUUGGAAGAUCACUGCUGGGUGGCUACUGUCAUACCUAUAUGCCCGAUCUAGUGCUGCAUGGAAUAAGCAACGAUGAAAAACUCAAACAGUGUCUACUAGCAGACCUGCUGCACUCAAUGCACCACCCGGUGCUCGAUGAGCCCAUCGCAGAAGCUGUCUGCAUCAUUGCAGACACGGAUAAAUGGAACGUGCAGGUAGCCACGAGCCAGAGGAAGGUGGUGGACAACGUGAAGCUGGGCAAGGAUGUCCUGGUGUCUAGUCAAGUAUCCAGCUUAUUGCAAUCCAUUUUACAGCUUCACAAACUCAACCUCCCAGCAGACUUUUGCAUAAUGCAUCUUGAGGAUAGACUGCAGGAGAUGUAUCUCAAAAGCAAAAUGCUUUCAGAAUAUCUGCGAGGACACACAAGAGUGCAUGUCAAAGAACUAGGAAUCGUACUGGGGAUUGAAUCCAAUGACUUGCCUUUGUUGGCUGCUAUAGCAAGUACUCAUUCCCCGUACGUGGCUCAAAUACUCUUAUAAAUCAAAAUCUCAGGAUAGUCGUUCCCUUAAAGUACAGAAUAUGGGAAUCUUGAACGAAGAACAGAGAUGCCAAGCACUGGUAAAGGGGAACAUGUUGUGAGGAGAGCGGGCGAUGACUGCGCGUGCUACCACCUCCUGCUUCGGAUUGCAGCGGGGUGCUUUAUCCGAGGACUUCAGUUUACAUAAUGUAAAAAGCAUUCAGGUUUUUCUAACAACCUCACUUCUGACGUAAAUCAAGAAGGUGACUGCACCCUUGCAUUUUAUUAUUAUUAUUAAUAUUAUUUGAAGGACGGAAGAU